GGCGGCGGUGGCGGCGGAGCCUUCGGGGGCGUGCGUGCGUGUGUGAGUGCGCGCCAGCGAGCCUGAGUGUGUGUGUGCGCCCCGGGCGCGGGCAGGGCAGCACUCCGACCGCAGCGGGAGCCGGGCGGCCGCGUAGUCACUCGGGAGGAAGAGGCGGCGGCGGCCGGGGCCGGGGCCGGGGCUGGGGCAGCGGCGGCCGCGCUGGGCAUGGAGCUGGCAAGCCCGCGCUGAGACAGGACGCUCCUGCUAGCCGCCAGCGAGAGACUCUCUGCGGUCCGGCGCGCGGGCUCCCCGGCCGGGGCCAGGCAAACUUUUCUUUCUCUUUUGCCAUCACUUAGAGGCGCCUGGUGCGGCGGGCGGACCGACUCCUCGGUGCGGGACCGGGGCAAGCUGGCCACGGCAUGAUGCGCGCUGUGUGGGAGGCGCUGGCGGCGCUGGCGGCGGUGGCGUGCCUGGUGGGCGCGGUGCGCGGCGGGCCCGGGCUCAGCAUGUUCGCCGGCCAGGCGGCGCAGCCCGAUCCCUGCUCGGAUGAGAACGGCCACCCGCGCCGCUGUAUCCCGGACUUUGUCAACGCGGCCUUCGGCAAGGACGUGCGCGUGUCCAGCACCUGUGGCCGGCCCCCGGCACGCUACUGCGUGGUGAGCGAGCGUGGCGAGGAGCGGCUGCGCUCGUGCCAUCUCUGCAACUCAUCCGACCCCAAGAAAGCGCACCCGCCUGCCUUCCUCACCGACCUCAACAACCCGCACAACCUGACGUGCUGGCAGUCCGAGAACUACCUGCAGUUCCCGCACAACGUGACGCUCACGCUGUCGCUCGGCAAGAAGUUUGAGGUGACCUAUGUGAGCCUGCAGUUCUGCUCGCCGCGGCCGGAGUCCAUGGCCAUCUACAAGUCCAUGGACUAUGGGCGCACGUGGGUGCCCUUCCAGUUCUAUUCCACGCAGUGCCGAAAGAUGUACAACCGGCCGCACCGCGCGCCCAUCACCAAGCAGAACGAGCAGGAGGCCGUGUGCACCGACUCGCACACCGACAUGCGCCCGCUCUCCGGCGGCCUGAUCGCCUUCAGCACGCUGGACGGACGGCCCUCGGCGCACGACUUCGACAACUCGCCGGUGCUGCAGGACUGGGUUACGGCCACCGACAUCCGCGUGGCCUUCAGCCGCCUGCACACGUUUGGCGACGAGAACGAAGACGAUUCGGAGCUGGCGCGCGACUCCUAUUUCUACGCAGUGUCUGACCUGCAGGUUGGCGGCCGCUGCAAGUGCAAUGGCCACGCGGCACGUUGCGUGCGCGACCGAGACGACAGUCUGGUGUGUGACUGCAGGCACAACACAGCCGGCCCCGAAUGCGACCGUUGCAAGCCCUUCCACUACGACCGGCCCUGGCAGCGCGCCACGGCCCGCGAGGCCAACGAGUGCGUGGCCUGCAACUGCAACCUCCACGCUAGGCGCUGCAGAUUCAACAUGGAGCUCUACAAGUUGUCAGGGCGCAAGAGCGGGGGCGUGUGUCUCAACUGUCGCCACAACACCGCAGGCCGCCACUGCCACUACUGCAAGGAGGGCUUCUACCGAGACAUGGGCAAGCCCAUCACCCACCGAAAGGCCUGCAAAGCCUGCGAUUGCCACCCUGUGGGUGCUGCCGGCAAGACCUGCAAUCAAACCACUGGCCAGUGUCCCUGCAAGGACGGCGUGACAGGCAUCACCUGCAACCGCUGUGCCAAAGGCUACCAGCAGAGCCGCUCCCCCAUCGCCCCCUGCAUCAAGAUUCCUGUAGCACCGCCCACCACCGCAGCCAGCAGUGUGGAGGAACCAGAAGACUGUGACUCCUAUUGCAAGGCCUCCAAAGGGAAGUUGAAGAUGAACAUGAAGAAAUACUGCAGGAAGGACUAUGCUGUCCAGAUCCACAUCCUGAAGGCGGACAAAGCAGGGGACUGGUGGAAGUUCACGGUGAACAUCAUCUCCGUGUACAAGCAGGGAACAAGUCGUAUUCGCCGUGGUGACCAGAGCUUGUGGAUCCGCUCACGAGACAUCGCCUGCAAAUGCCCCAAAAUCAAGCCCCUCAAGAAAUACCUGCUGCUGGGCAAUGCCGAGGACUCGCCUGACCAGAGUGGUAUCGUGGCAGACAAGAGCAGCCUGGUGAUCCAGUGGCGGGACACAUGGGCACGGCGGCUGCGCAAGUUCCAGCAGCGGGAGAAGAAGGGCAAGUGCAAGAAGGCCUAGCGCGGAGGAGGCGCAGGCGCUAGGAGGGCGGGCAGGGCGCUGGCAGGGGCUGGCAGCCUUGGACUUGGCCUGCCAGGGUUUUCCCGGGGAGGGGGUGGGGCGGGGGCGGGGCGAAGUCUGAGUGGGGCGGGGCCCUCAGCGGCUCCGCCCCAGCCCCACCCUCAUACCCCUGGCUGUGCCCUUGUGCGCAUGGCAGAAAGUACCCUGUAUUGACAGGCCAGGCCCUGGAGAAAUGAGGACAAGACAUAGCUACCUCAUGGCGCUCCUUCCAGAACAGAGAUGCGCUUCCCUAGGGCUAGGUGAGGGUUGCUGUAGAGGGGCUGGGGGCACCCAGCUCUAGGUCCCGGGCACAGAAAGGCACAGUGGACCACAGUCACUGUGUUUGAUGGUUAUUGAAGGGGAUGUGAGAAGAACUGUGAAUUUUUGGGCCUGCAGCCUGGGCAGGGGCAACCAGUCCACCACAAGACACUAGUCAUGCCCCCUUCCUUUCUCCAUCACCUGCUGUCUUAAGAAUUCCCACUGGACCCCAAACUUUGACAACAGGUCCCUAUGUCAAAGGGCCAGAUGGCACUGGGAUCAGCCAGCUUCAAGUCUCCACUGCCACCUGCUGGGCUGGUCUCCUGGGUGGAGUUCCCCGUCUGUAGGGAGGGGAGGCCCCUCCUGGAACCUGCCCUACCCAAGUGGGGCUGGCCCAGGCUCCUGGCCCAUCAGAGGGCCUAGGGCCUAAGGACACCCCUGAAGCCCAAGCCGGGUGGUCACUGCCUUUGCUGGAGCUGCCUGUGGGAGGAGGCAUUGCAAACCAAAACCUCCCAGAGAGUUUCCUUUCUGGAAACUUGGAAACAGCCCCUUUUAUGACAUUUUCCAGGGGAGGGGGAGGGGGGUGCUGGCGGGGUUUAGGGCAAUGACAUUAUUUGUGUAAUGACAUCAACUCCCACAAGGCCUCACAGCAAUGUCAACAGCUGGAAAGGGCCUGGUCAGGCCUGGAAUGCCAGCAACUUGGCCCAGGCUUGGGGGAAGGGGCUUGCUUAAGUCAGGACCAGGGGUUGCUGCUUAGCAAGGUGCCUGAGUGUCCAAGCUGCAGGCAGGCAAGGCCAGGAGAAGUCAGGUUGCAGAGGUCCAUGGAAGCUGUGACCCCUUACUGUUGCUACCCUCCCCGCUGUCUCCCAAAGGGAAGAACAGGCUCCUGGGUUAAUAAGUCCACUGUAGCCCACAGCUGUCUUGGUCUAGCCUGGGCGGUCUCGUCCAUUCCUCUCUGGCUGCCUCUGUGGCAGUCGCUGGGUCUUCCUGUGUGCCUAGCCCUCUUUUCUCUUGGAGCCUUACUGUCCUCACACAGGCAGCUCCACACUUCUCUUCUGGCUGCUUCACAGCCCCCUUGUGUCUCUCCCUGAAUCCCUGCACUCGGGCCUCCAGCCUCACGCCCCGCACACUGGAUGAGAGGCCUGGCUUCCCUCUCAGUCAGGAAAUUGGUUUCAUUUCCCCUGCCCAUUUGGCUGCCCCAAAGGGCCAUACCAGGAGUGAAACUCAGCCCCUCAGUGACACGACUCCCUCUGCUUCUCCCACGUCUGCCCACGUCACCACUGCCAUUUACUGAGCACCCGCUCGGUGCCAGGCACUUUACGCAUAUGCUCCUGGCCUGUCUUCAUCACAAACCCACAAGGCAGGGAUUCUUGUCCUCAUUUUCACCAACGAAGAAAUGUGUGCACAUGCCCGAGCUCACACCAGCCUCGGGACUCAGACCCUGGCCUCACCGUAGUUGCACACAAGCUCUGUCAGCCCACUGGGCACUCACUUCCACAGUGGGCGGGGCUUUUCACUGAGACCCAGGCAGCUGGUCCUUAGAGAAUGAAUGUUAAGGAUAUGAGUAGGUCUAGGACAGACAAAGUGACACUUUCAGAGGAGGUAUCAAGAGUGGUCGGGGACAAGGAAUGGCUUCCUAGAGGACAGCCCCAGGAAGUCCCAGGGUCUGGGGAGACAGGGGUCGGCCAUCUGAGAGGGCCUAGAAAGGUUUCUUGGCUGCUUCAAGUGUGGGAAGGCAGGCUUUAAGGCUUCGGAGAGGCUGGCAGGAAGCACAUAGACCUGCCUGGGAAGGGUCAUGUGGCUUCCCUGGUCCAGGCCUGACACUGGGGGAAGGGUGUCAAGGGCCACUAUCAGGGCUCAGACAGCCAGUGUGGCUCCCGCCCUGGUCAGCUUUGACCUACAAGCCUUAAGUCCUAGCCUCACCUGGUAUCCACUGAAGCCCCUUAACUAGCGCCAGGGGCCAGCUAAGCAGCAAGACGUCUUGCUGGAAAUCCACCAAGGCAUCCUGCCCUGCCCCGCCCCACCUCUGAUUGCCUGGGCAGAUGAGCCAGGUUAUGGAUGAGGUCACAGCUGCCACCUCUGUAACUAGCCUGAAUUCACCCCACCUCUCCUCUGCCUGAGAGCCAGCGUUGGGGAAGCAGCUGUCUGUCUUCCUCCUACCCUCGGCCCCACCUGAGGAGGAGAUGAAAGGGGGAAGGAGGCAUCCUAGUGUACAGUUAGGGAGGGAUGCAAAAAUGGAGGUAGGUCUUUGAGUUUGAGAGUAUUAACAGAGUUGUGAUAUGUAGGUCUUUGAGGAAAGCCGUACCGGUCAGUCACUUACCAGUCAAGAUGCCCCAGCUGAGUGUCUGCUUUCCAGAUGGGCCAUCUGCUGCCCCUGCCAUCAGAAUGCCUCCUUUGCUGACAUGCAGUCACAUGGUGGUGUGGGGUUAAGGAAAUGGCAUGCUCCUGGACACUCCUGUGGCCUCUGGGCCAGACCUUCUUGUCCUGGAAAGCAGGGCAGGAGGCAGGACCAUCGGGCUCCUUCAGAUGGGAGGGCCAGAUACCCGAGGCAAAGUCCUGGGAGGCUGGAGUGGCCUGAGGGCUUUAGAAGCUUUCUAGAACUCUGCCUCAGUAGCUACACACAGGCAAUGAGUACAGGUCAUCUUAGAAUUGCCCCAAGCUGGAACAAGACUGAGAAAAAGAAACCCUUAGGGACUGACUUGAGGAGCAGUUCCUUUAGGACUCCUCCAUCCAGGAAGCCUAGAGAGUGGGCAAGUUAGGCUCACUGAUGGACCAUGGUUCACAGACAGACAACCCUGUGGACCAGAGCCAUGCCAUACCCCAGGGGUAUGAAAACUGUCUUUGUGGGGCCUUGCCCCUGCCAAAACUAAGCCAGCCUCACCUCUGUGUCAGUGGACACCUUCCCCUUUCCCGCCCUGGAUACCCCCAGCCUCCCUCUGUACCGAUUCUGCUCACUCAGAAUUGUAAAUGUUUAGUUGUGACCAUGACAUAUUGUUUGGGUCAGUGUUCCUUUCCAAUGCAUACUAAUAUAUUAUGGUUAUUAUAUAUGAAUAUAUUUAAUGACAUGGAGGAAGUUGUGGAUUUUCUUUUUUUUAAGGUUUUUUUUGUUGUUGUUGUUGUUAGAGUUGUAAUGAACCCAGAUGGAACUUGUAACGUGGGCUCUACAUGAUAGAACUAAAUUCAGAUAUCAUUAAAUAAACUCUUGUAUACGG